GUGUUAUUCUGUUUCCGCUAGCGGAACAUAGGUCAUCAACACAGUCGACAUUUUGUUAGCCCUUUAGCUAAACAACCCGUCGAAGGUUGUCUCCGGGCGUUGUAUUGCACGUUUUCCCCCUGUCGCCCGACGGUUACCGGCUGUCAUCAUGUGGUAUGAAAUCCUGCCGGGCUUCGCCGUCAUGACGGUGUGUCUGAUCAUUCCCGGCAUCGCCACCGCACAGAUCCACAAGUUCACCAACGGAGGAAAGGAGAAGCGAAUCGCUCGGUAUCCAUGGCAAUGGUAUCUGAUGGAGAGAGACAAGCGAGUGUCGGGAUCGGGGAAGUAUUAUGAGUCCAAGGGACUUGAGAACAUCCACUGAUGACCAGGAACACCCUCACCAGAAGAAAGUUCGACAAUUGCAGAUUAUACUCAAUGUUCAGCUGUUGCUGUAUUUCACUUUAAGGCAACUGUCCCGGUUAGAUUACAUUUUUCACAACUGAAAAAUUACCUGCUUCUUUGGCUCUUUUGUUGAAUUUCAAAAGAGAUGAGUUCUAUGCUCUAAUCAAAUAAAUGUUUUAAAUUUG